AUGAAGAGCUCACCUCACCGUCUUACACCGAAGUCGGUCAAGAAUUCUACUCCCUUGCUUACUUGUUUGCUUGCUUGCUCCAGGCCACAUAGAAAGCGUGCCGGUCAUUGCUCCACCUACGUCUGCACAUCUCCGUUAGCUCUCUCCACACCACCCACCUACCUACCUAGGCGAGAUAUCUUUGUUGCAUUUGCCACCAAGCUUGCAAUCCCCGGAUCCGAAGCAUCAAGGCCGCGUCUCCGUCGCCCAACACAAACCGAGACAACCCAAGCAAGCAAUUGCCGUUCUGGAGUCGCUAUUGAAGAGCCCUGA